AGCUAUUGACUAAACGGUGAAUGACUAACUAAGCCAAGUCCACGAAUAUCCACGGCGCAAAAAGGGCAUUGGCCUGUAAGGACAGAAGAGGGAUGAGGGGCUCGAUGUGUUUCGAGGCGGAGUUCAAAGAGGGGCAAAGGGGGCGGGGCAGUGAAAACUCAGGGAAAACAAGGAGCCUUCUACUGCGGGAAGUCUGUGGGCACCACAUGGCGCUGAUAGCUGCCUCCACAUUGCGGAGUAUUACCGCACAAAAUAUAAUCGAAGUCAUUACCAAAUACCCAAACAAACCAACUGCUCUCUCUCCAUGGGUCGAUUAACUAAGGAUAAUGGGGGCAUGACGAAGGUACGUGGAAGCCUGAGCAGGCGUCUGUCAACACAAUUCGAGAUGCUCUCCGGGUGACACAAUCACAUCCGGCCCUCUCGGCUGUCCUCCAUGAUAAUAAGAAAGACUCGAGGGCGAAUCUCUUCCCGACCUCCUUCAACGAGUUAUAUAUAUAUAUAUAUUAUAUUGCCACUCAAUCUUCCAACCACAUAACAAUAAUUUACAUCGUCUCAAGAAAUCUAGCUGGAGAAUACAUUCUAUACGCACACACCAGUCACAACACAAAAAACAACAACAAUGGGCGGUGGUGCUGCUGCUGGUGGUGACUUUGAUGCUCUCCUCACUCAAAACCAAAAUGGAGGUUGGCGGGGUCUCUUCAAUAACGGCCGAGCUCUUGGUUUGGCCUGUUUCGCUUCUAUCGGCGGUGUGCUAUAUGGUUACAACCAGGGUGUUUUCGGUCAAGUCCAAGUCAUGUACAGUUUUGAGCAGCGAUACAUGGCUACUUUGGACAACACUGACACCAAGGGUCUCUUGACCUCUAUUCUCGAACUUGGUGCUUUCCUCGGUGCUCUCAUGGCUGGUCCUCUGGCUGACAGGUUUUCCCGAAAGUUCUCCAUUUCCGCCUGGUGUAUCGUCUUUAUGAUGGGUACUGCCAUUCAAACCGGUGCCAACUCUAACGUCGCGUGCAUCUACGCUGGUCGAUGGUUCGCAGGUAUGGGUAUCGGUGCUCUUUCUAUGCUUGUUCCUAUGUUCAAUGCCGAGUUGGCUCCUCCCGGUAUUCGGGGUUCUCUGGUCGCUCUUCAACAAUUGGCCAUUACUUUCGGAAUCAUGAUUUCUUACUGGAUCGGCUACGGUACUAACUACAUUGGUGGUACCGGUGCCGGCCAGACUACCGCCGCUUGGCGAAUUCCUCUCGGUCUCCAGCUCGUUCCUGCUCUGGUUCUCUGUGUCGGUUCUUGCUUCCUUCCUUUCUCCCCCCGAUGGCUCAUGCUUAAAGGUCGUGAGGAGGAAUGUCUUACCAACUUGGCCAUGCUCCGAAAGUCUACCGAGGAUGCCCCCGAAGUCCAGUACGAGUUCCGUGCCCUUCAGGCCGAGCGUCUUGUCGAGCGUGAGGCCGCCAAGGAGCGAUACGGCCAGGAGGACGUCAACUUCCGAGUCACCAUGGCCGAAUACAAGAGGUUGUUCACUACCAAGCCCCUACUUCACCGACUCAUGCUUGGUGCCGGUUGCCAGACUUUGCAACAAUGGACUGGUAUCAACGCUAUCAUCUACUACGCUCCUACUAUCUUCGAACAGAUCGGUCUUAGUGGUGCCGGUGCUGGUGGUACCAUUAGUCUUUUGGCCACUGGUAUCGUCGGUAUCGUCCAGUUUGUCUUCACUAUCCCUGCCGUCCUUUUCGUCGACAACUUCGGUCGAAAGCCUCUCCUUGCCUGGGGCGAAGCUAACAUGGGCAUCUCUCACGCUAUUAUUGCCGCUAUCGUUGCCGUCUACGGUGACAAAUUCGAUACCAACAAGAAGGCUGGUAACGCCGCUGUCUUCUUUAUCUACUGGUACAUUGCCAACUUUGCCUGCACCUGGGGUCCCUUAGCUUGGGUUGUAUCCGCUGAAGUCUUCCCUCUCGACAUGCGUGCUAAGGGUAUGAGUGUCUCUUCCGGUGCGAACUGGAUUAUGAACUUCACCGUGGCCAUGGUUACCCCUCACAUGAUCGAAAGCAUUGGCUACAAGACUUACAUCGUCUUCAUGUGCUUCUGUGUUGUCGGCUUCUUGUACGCCAUCUUCAUCCUUCCCGAGCUCAAGGGUCUCUCUCUCGAAGAGGUCGACCAGCUCUUCCACGACACUUCUGGUGCUGAGGACCGAGCACGACGAGAGCGUAUUGCUGCCCAGAUUGGUUUGGACAAGGUUGCCAACCAGAUUCAGCACCAGGAGAAGGCCAAUGAUUCCCAAGUUUAAAGAAAUGUUGUUUUAUGUCUUCACUUCGUUCUCGAGUUUCGCCGUUAUAGUAGCAUCUUAUCAAGCUGGGUAAGUAGGUAGAAUUUAGAAUUUUAGAGUCUUCAUACUGGUAAUGCAGCAUUAGCAUUUAUGUUAUCAUCUCAUUCCAC